CCAGAGGAGUUUCUCUUUGCUAAUCAGUGAGGGAGAUAUUUUUUUAUUUGUGUACCAGAAAACGCCUAAUUUCUUUAUUAUUAUUAUUAUUAUUAUUAUUAUUAUUAUUAUUAUUAUUAUUAUUAUUGUACAUAUAAUGGUUAGCAAGCACUUGAACUGAGUCUGCGGUGUGUACAUGCAUGUAAACCUUCUUGGUUUGUUCCCUACAAAAAGUUUUCAACAAAAAUGUGGGGUGAAAUUGAUUCAUGCACCAAACCUGAAAGUCCUGAACCCUGUCAGCCAUGUAGUGAUGGAACAGAGGAUGAGAACACGAUGGAUCAGUGUUCCAGUGAGCCUUCAACCCCCACUGCACAUGAUAAAGAUUCCAGCUCUCUGGAUGCCAUGAUAUCAGCCAUAGUUCUCAGUGGGAGUCCAGUAAAGAGCCAGCAACUGGGAGAACCUGACCUCACUGUGGAGGAGAAAAAGCGGUUGUUGGUGGAACAGUAUAACAGCAAGCCGGUAGUCUUUCUGGAGCGCUAUCACCCUCAUUUAAAACCUGAGCAUUUGGAGGCCUUCUCACAUGUGAGCAGCGACUGCAGGACGCAGUAUUACUGUACCGAAGUUCAGAAACGAGCGUUGAGUUCGGCCAACAAGACGAGGGUGCGCAAUCAUCGUUACGCUGCUCUACGUGCGCUUCAGAAAGAGGGUCAGUACUUCAGUGAGGAGCAGAUGCGUUUUCGAGAGCCUCUUCUGUACGAGCAGUACAUCGGUCAGUACCUGAGUGAGGAGGAGAUCCUGCAGCGCUCUGAAGAAGCUAUGCAGAAAAGCAACAUGGGUCUGUCAGACCUGCUCAUCAACUCCUAUCAUGAGAAGGAGCUGCAGAAACGCCUGCAGGAAGAACAGAGCCGAGAGAACUGUGCAGAGCAGGAGGAAGAGGAGGACGACGACGACGAGCCUACGCAGGCCCAGUGGGAGCCGACAGCCGAAGAAAAAGCUUUGCUGAGGGACGAGUUUCUGAGUCAAAUGCACCAAAGCUUCAUCGAGGGCAAAGAUAAAGACUUUAACUACAGCGAAGUCGACGAGAACCCAGAUUACGAUAACAUGGACAUUUUAAGUCGAGACGCUGAAGAAAAGUACUUUGAUGAAGAUGAUGAAGAUGAUGAAGAGGAGGAGGAAGAAGAAGAAGAAGAGGGGACUGAGGUUGACAAUAUGGUGUAAAUGUUUUUGAACCUGUUCAAGUAUUUAUUUUUCUACACAGAUGCAGAGUGCCACAAACACCUUACUGUAUGCUGUGAUAAGUGAAGCAUAUCCAGGUGAUCCAGUUCCAGGCAAAGUGCAACAAUAAAUAGAAAGAAAAAGCAAAGAAAAUCCUGUGCAGAUGAAAUGACUCGCACCUCUUGGGUGGAUGUUGUUAAGCAAAAAAAAAAAGGGCUCUAAGAGCUAAAAUCUAAAGGAGAUCCACCGCAUGUGAUUAUUGUGAAUCUGCUGUUCUAAAGCAUCUAUAAAUUUCGCAUUUGUACGUUUUAAAAGUACAUUUGUAAUGGAGUUAAUAAUACAUUUCAAAGUUUGUGUUUUUUCUAAUAAAACUAUAUGUGAAUAAGUCGUA